AUGAUUGAAAGCAAACGAUUUAGGGUUCUUAAAUUGAAAGCAAACCUGAUUCACUGCACCUGCAAAUCUGAUUCAUUACAGAGGGAGAUGGCAAGAGGGGGUUGUAAGUCUGCACUUUGUUCGAUCGGUGAACCACUAUCGCCAACUGUGAGUCGCCAUCGUCACCGGCACGUUGUCGUCGUUGCAUCAUCUUGGGUUUACAUCAUUGUGUUAUCGGAGAGAGGAGGACUGUCACUGGAGACGAUUUGGGUUCGAUUCGACCUGCUUCUCCGAUCUCAAUGUCCCUCUUAUCCGAUCUUGCGUGAUGGACUUCAUCGCUGGAGUAGCCGAAGAGGCGGAGAUGUCGUGAAGUCGUCGAAGUCGGCGAUGAUACUGGUGAAGGUGGGGAUGACUGAAGAAGAAAUGGUGGAAGAGGACGGCGUGCUUAGGAAACCUUCUUCCUCUCAAGUUCCUGGGUUUAGAUCUUCGUUGUUAUUUUCCAUAAAAGGGUGCCUGACAAGCACUCAACAAGACACUCGACAGGGAACUUAGCCUAUGAGUACACAGACGAUAUCUCAAAGAUCCAGAUUUUAUGUAUAUAUUUGUUAUAUGCACACCAUGUGAAAUUGGAAAGAUGAAAUAGAACUAGAAGCCAGUCAGUCUGUUAUUGGAGCGAGAUUUGGGAAUUCGUUUGAUUUCAAAACUUGCUUUCAAGAAUUCUCAAAUUUUCAUUUACAUUUAAAGCGGUGAUUCUGUUGAAAAGAAGAAUUCUGCUCUGUCAAUGAAGGUAGUGGGGAAUCUUGAAUGGAGCAUCAGAUUGGAGCAACUUUCUGAAUAAUUGGAUUCACAAACCCUAUUAUUAUUACUACUACUACUACUACUUGAUUUGUUGCUGUUAUCUUUCUGAUUCCGAAUCUUGAGACUUGUAUUAUUAUUAUUAUUAUUAUUAUUAUUGGUGUUUCCA